AUGCGCGGGCGCGCACCGAGGUGCCGCCUCGUGGCGGUCGGCGUGGCGGGCCUCUGCGCCGCCGCUGCCCUCGCCACCGCGCUAGCCUGGAACUCUAUCUUUGAUUCUGUUUUCAGUUCUCAAAUAAUAUUAUCACCACAAUCUCGAGCCUAUAGGGAGUGGGUAGCACCCAGCGUGCCAUUGUUCUUCGACGUGUACCUUUUCAACUGGACUAACGCAGAUCGAUUUCCUGAAGAAAUACCGGAUUUGGUGCAACUAGGUCCUUACCGUUUCCGUGAACACAGACGUCACGUGAACGUCACCUUCCAUCCUCAAAACCAUUCCGUGUCGUACCGGACACAGAGGAGCUGGUACUUCGACGAGAGCAGCAAUGGAACUCUUCAGGAUAACAUCACGAUACUUAACAUUAUUGCGGCUGCAGCAAUAUACCGAUCGCGACACUGGGGCUUCAUCAGGCAGAAGGCUUUGUCCAUGGGCCUGGCCAUGUUUGGACACGGUAUGUCAGUAUCCAGACUCGCCGGAGAACUACUAUUCGAUGGUUAUGAUGACCCCCUACUGGAAUUAGCGAAGAGUUUGCCAUCAAGUACAACUGGCGGUGCUCCUCCUGUUGACAAAUUUGGUUUAUUUUAUGAGAGAAACAACUCUAUAAACACGGAUGGUCUGGUCGAGGUGACGACGGGAGAACUGAGCGGUACAUUACCUGGUCAGAUACUACGUUGGAACAACUACGAGAGCUUGCCUUACUAUAAUGGAGAAUGCUCUAAGAUAAAAGGAAGUGCUGGAGAAUUUAUGGCUCACAAUCUGACAGAAGACGCUCCUCUAACUAUGUUUGUACCAGAUCUUUGUCGAACCGUUAACUUAGAAUAUGAAAAGAGUGGGUACAUUGACGGCUUGCCAUAUAACAAGUAUACAAUGACGGACAUCAGCUUUGACAAUUCAACAAGAUCCCCAGUAAACUCCUGCUUUUGCAAUGGCGACUGCGGCUGGGGAGGUGUGAUGAACGUGUCAGCGUGUCGCUUCGACACCCCCGCCUUCCUCUCUCUACCGCACUUCCUGCACGGAGACCCCGAGCUGAGGGAGAAGGUCCGAGGCAUGGACCCCGAUCCAGAUUUACACUCGUUUUAUUUUGCCGUUGAACCUAGAUUAGGAGUACCUUUGGACGUGGCGGGCAGAUUUCAGUUCAACGUUUUCAUUGAACCGAUCUCCAAUAUUGCGUAA